GCCGAGCAGAACAGCCGAGUGGUGCUGGCAGGAGCCUGAGCCCCACGAUAAACUCUGGCAUCAGCUUCCCUUCAUCCGGCAGUCAGCGAGGACACAGUGAGGGCGCAGGGGCAGAGAGACGGGGACGGAGAAAGGGAAAGAGCAAGAGUGACAGAGAGGGGGGGGGAGAGAGAGACGAAAACAGGCAGAUAGGCAGAGAGGGAGAGGCUGUCAUAGGAAUCACACAGCUCCCUUUUUCACAGCAGCAGCUCAGCCGCUCUGUCUGCUGCCUCCCGGUGCAGGCGGACGCUGAUGGGGAUGACGGGUGGCGUGUUUUCGGCAGCACAGUUAUCUGAGUGAUGGUAGCGGCCGUGGCGGCAUCACAAUCCGAAGCAGGAGCUCUCCUUGCCGCUCUGGCUCUUAGUCAUCUUCAGCCUCCUCUCUCCCUUCUCAGAGUGCUAUCAGGGCCAUUCAUCGUUCCCAUCUCAUGCCUCCUGCCUCCUCCUCCUCCUCCUCCACAGCUUCAUCCUCCACUUCUACUCCUCCUCUGAUGAGCCACAGCCUCAGAGUGAAAUAACCCUGCUGAUAGAAGCUUCUCUCUCUGUCAAGACAGUAAGUAGGGGAGGGAGGGAAAGAACUGCGUGUGUGUGUGUGUGAGAGAGGGAGGGAGAGAGAGAGUGUGUGAGACAGAGAGAGAAAGAGAGGAAGAGAGAACAGCAAGGCAGCGAGAAGAGAAGAUGUUAGCGUGUGCGACAGAGGGACUGCUAAAGAACCAGCAGGUUGUGUGUAGCUUGAAUGAUCCUGCUGUGCGUGGACAGUGAGCUCUGGGCAUAGCAACAGCAAAGUGAUGCACAGGAAAGGUGCCAUGUGUGAUUGGCCAACGCACCCUGUGGCAGUGGCAUCGCCCUGGAUUUGGCGAGAAGCUCUCCCCCCUGCUUGUUCUCUGGGGCUCCUCUGGGAAGCUUUCAUGGGAUUUAUCUCUUCCUGCUGGAUGGCACUGAGCUCUCUGCCUCUCUGAAAAGAGUCCAGAGAGAAAACAUACACUACAAGGAUAAGAAGUAAAAUAAUUAUCCAAUCACAGCACAAGGAGGCAGACCGGGUUCCCUUAGCAACAACUGAAGGAGAGAAGAGAAUCCUUUUCUCCGUUUCUGCUCCCUUGGUUUUUGGGCACACCCCUGUGGACUGCUGUGGGUCAGUGUUUUCUGAUAGGACUUGGAGAGCGCUGUUGCAUAAGACAAGCUGCCACCCAAAUUCCAGGGGAAGGUGCUCGUUCGCCUUGCAGCCCCCCUCGUACCUGUGUCUCAUAGGCACCAUGAUUUUUUUGUUACCCCUCCACAAAUUCUCAUCACAAGUCACGUUCCGCUGGCUUGGAAAUCAAUUCAUUCUGAUCCCACGCCACCUGGAAUAAGCCCUGCUUUGGGGCGAGAUUGGACGCUCUGUGAAAAGACCCACACCUACCUUCCUCCCUUUCAUGGACGAGAAAUGAAGGACAACAUGAUUAAGUCAUCAUCGGCAAAGACAAUGGAUGUGGAGCAAAGUUUAUUUUCAAUGUGAGUUUCUACACAGAGAAUCUUUUUAUUUUUCCUGGAGGGGGAAACGCCACAAAGCACAGAGGAAUAUCCCCCUUUUUCCAAACAGGAUCUGUCCUUUUCUCUCUUAAAACAGUAGCCCUCAGUGAAGGACUAUAUUUAGAAGGCAAAUCUCAUCCCUGCUGGCCACCAAUAAUGUAGAACACGAUCAUUUUGAAAAUUGAGCCACUGCUGGGGAGUUCUAUUUUUCUAUCUAUGUUGGAUAGCUUUCUCUAUAAGAGGGUUAAUAUGAGCCCCUUUUCUGCUUUCACUUUUGUAUGUUAGCCUGCCAUUAUGUCACUGUGUUUCACAAGUCAAAAAGGUUGUACCGGACAAGUGGAAGAGGGGAAAGGUCUUUUCCCUGCAUAGACAGGUGUUUUAAAUAGCAUCUCCUCGGGAACAAUUUCAAACGUACACACUGACACAUGAGAUGAGUUGGCUCAACACGAUUAUGUAAGAGUUUCAUACCAGCUUCAGCCCAUGUGUUUUGCCUCUUCCUUUUCCAUGGAUUUACAGCGUUUGACUUUUCCCAUGCUCAUUUUCUCUUCGUUUUUGGAAGUGUCUACCAGAGGGCAUGGAUGUCAGAGUGUGACCCUGUGCCGAGUGUGCGGGCGAGGCAAGGUGUUUUGGCUGCCCAGGUGCUUUUAAGAUGUUGAGGUCUCCCUGCGUGGCCGGGGCCCCUGUUCGGAUCAGUAGCACUGAGGCUCCUUGUAGCCAAAGACAUGGACCCCGACUCGGCUCCCCCACGCCCUCAGCCUGUUGGCCACUGGCCCCACGUCGCCCUGUAAAGGAUGUCCCUCAGCAGAGCUCCGGCCCGGGACACCUCUGAGACCCCCAGCCCGAGAGAACGCAUCCGCAGCCACAUGAAGAUGGUGAUCGACCAGCUGGACGGCAUUCUCAAAGAGCUCAAGGAUGUGGCCAAGGAACUCCGGGAGGUGGUGGGUCAGAUCGAUAAACUAACGUCCGACUUUGACUUUGACCUGGAGCCAGAUGACUGGACAGUGGCCACAGCCAGCAGCACGUCCAGCAGUGAGCGAGGUUUGGGAGAGGCCUUCAGGCUGGACUUCCUCAAUGCAGAUGUGCUUUCUGAUAGCUGGGAGUUCUGCAGCUACCUUGAGGCUGCAGGCGCCGCUGCCCGCAGACCUGGUGAGCAACCAGGAGAUCUGCGACCGGAGCUGGGCCGCGGGACCAUCCCCACCCAGACGCAGACCCCCACCCCGCCCCCCUCCACUGCCUCGGUCUACUCCCAGAUGAAUGGUGGGCUGCCAAUCCCCAACGGGCCCCGCAUUAUCACUCCAGAUUCGUCCAGUGAGGAGGCCAGCAGCUCCACGCACAGCCACAAGACUUCUCGUACCUCCGGCACAAGAGAAAGAGUCCGCUUCAGCGACAAAAUUCUGUACCACGCGUUGUGCUGUGAUGACGAUGAGGAGGAGGAGCAAGAGGAAUUACAAGAGGACAAGAGUGGCUGUGCGACACCAGAUAGCGAUAGUGAACCCAGUCUCCUGUCGAGCUCAGUAACCCCCAAACGUUCUUCCUCUGAGCACUCACUCCUCCAUAACUGUCUGGACCCUUCCUAUGUCUCCUCGCCAAUGAAGGGGACGACGGGAGCUCACACACUACCCAGGAAAGGUCUCUUAAAUCCCGGCUGCCGCAAAAAACUGUUACGAAAUAGCAGCACACAAACUGUCUCUGACAAGAGCACCCAAACUGUACUGCCCUAUAUUCCAACCAAACAGAAAACAAAGGACCACUGAGAAAGCCCUAAGUUGAUCAUAAAUCUCAUGAAGAGGACUGUGCAUUAUUUAAUAUUAAAUACAUAGCUCAUAGAUUAAUACACAAAUAAAUUAAUUACUAAAUAAAUAAAUGAUAUAUGGGAAAUCACUCGACUACCUACAGUUAUUCUGAGGCUCAGGGAAAACAUGAUGAAAUGAAGCAAGGCAGAUCAUUAAGACAAAAGUACUGGUGGACCAAAAGGUUAGUGCCUGUUUUAAUGUCAGGAGAUACACUGAAUGGAUUCCCAAUGUGUAAUCAUUUGAAACAAUGACAGAGAUUAUGAAAGCAAUCAUUUUUACUAGAACAUUUUAAGUGUUCAAAAAUGGAAGUUGAUUAUGAAGAGGUCCUUUCCCCUCCUCAUACACUAUUAGAAGUCACACAAAAAAAGAAAAGAAAAUGCUUGUUCCUAUAAUGUGGAUACAAAACGCUGCACAUUCUGUACUCUGAAUCUGUAUAAACAUUGUCUUUUUUCAUGUUCCAGUUAUUUCCAAUGUCAAGGGGAUUGUUGCUUUCAGCGGGAUAAUGUAUCUAGAUGCACAUGUCAAGCCUCUUCCUCUCUUUGAUGUCAACAAACAAGUUUGAGCGAAGAGCCAGAAAACAACACUAUUUACCUGCCCUUGAUUUUAUAAAUCAUCUCAAUGUGAUCUUUUCCUGGUCUGCUGCAGAAACAUAGAGACUGGCAGGCAGAAAAACAGAUGUAUAAAGUAAUUUAAGAAUGUGCGGCCCACAAAAGUGACAUUUCCAAUUUUUUCUAUCCGUCUGUGCCUGCCAGUGAUGUCAUUAGACCUGGGAUCCGAGGUUUUGUCUCUCCAUUCAGUUGCUCAGUGGGGAAUUGAACUCAGCAGAGCAGCAUUUUAUUCACAGGGCUAACGCCAAUAACCAUUCCUGAUCGAUAUG